AACUGCACCGUUGCCAUGGCAGCACUUAUAAACAUUCUCUCUAGGAACCUUGAGGCAAAGUUGCUGAGAGACUGCAAAGACUUCCUCUGCUGCUGCUGCUUCAAAGAAUCUGCUCGUUUAGGUAAAAGAAAAUGAAUAACAAAAAAAGGCCCCCAGCCCAGAAGGGGAAACCUGUCGAGGCCACUAGCACAGCCAAGACAAAGAAACCAGAGGUUCCAGAGCACAAGCCUGUUGUUCCAGAGCCAAGCACCACUAAGACCGUGGCAGACCCGAAGAAACCGGUGAUUCCUUCAGAUCAGAAAGAGAAGAAGAUGGUGGGCAUCAUUGUAGAUCCAAACGAAAAAAAGAAUGUGACUGAGCCGAAAGAAAAGAAGACUGUGACGAUCUCAGAUCCCAAAGACAAGAAGCCUGGGACAGAGACGAAAGACAAGAGGAUGGUGACUUUUGUGACAGACGUAAAAGACAAGAGGAUUGUGACAGACACAAAAGAAAACAGGAUUGCAUCAAUAGACACAAAAGACAAGGUGAUUGUGCCAAUUAUGCCAGAAGUAAAAGAGAAAAAGGCUGUACCACAGGUAGAACCAAAAGAGAAGGCGGUUGCACCAGUUGCACCGGUUGCACCGGCUGUGCCGGCUGUGCCAGCUGCGCCAGCAGUUGCGCCAGCUGCUCCAGCAGUCGCGCCAGCUGCACCGGCAGUCGCGCCAGCUCCGCCACCCGUUGUGCCAGUUGUGCCAGCAGUUGUGCUAGCUGCGCCACCAAUUGCACCAGCUGCCCCAGCUGCCCCAGCUGUGCCAGAGGUAAAAGAAAAGAUCCCGGUGCCGGAGGUGAAAGUGUCUAAGAAGAAAGUGCCACUUGCGCCUCAGAGAAAGGAAACCAAGGCUUUUCUAGUCAUACCAGAGAUAAAAGAAAAGAAGGUUGUGCGCAAGAUGAAAGCAAAGGCAUCUGAGACAGACGUAAAAAAGAAGAAAACUGUGCCAGAGGAAAAAAAGAAAAAGUCUGGGGGAGGAAAGAAGAAAGACGAUCGGACACGGAAGGUAGCCAAGUCUAUAGUGGCGGGUGUUCUGGCUGCUGCUGCUCAGUGUGUGGCAGAUGACAAAAAACCCAUCAAGAACAUCAAGUGGCUCACUCAUGGGGAAUUCACGAUAGAAAACGGUCGGAAAUAUAUUGAAAAGUUUGUUUCAGUUUGGGAGUUUCAAAACCGCUGGGUGUAUUAUGCCGAUUUUAUAGAGAGGAAAGACUUAAUUCACUCCUACCACUAUAUCUACCGUGUGCGCUGGAGUGCCCCCACUGCCGUGAGACCUAUGGCGCGAGUCAGUGCCAAUGCCUUCUUCACCAUCAAGUUCAACAAAGGCAAACCCCCGGAUAUGCCUGUUGAUGUCUCUUAUAUCUUUGAGAAUUCAGAACUACUUCAAAGACCAGGAAAGAUUCGAUUUCGAGAACAAUGGCUGAGGGACAUUACUGAGACCAAGCAUAUUUUGCUGGAAUCCAUCCCUUUUAAAGUUGUCUGAUUCUUGUGUUAUGUUUGAGGAUUGUUUUCACAAUCAGUACAUUAAAAACAUGAA